UCGCGCGUCUGACUGGCCCUUUAAAUGCGUUCGUUCGUUUCCGGAACACUUCGGCCGCCAGCCCCAGCAGUCUUACACGCAGCAGCCCACUUGAUGACUGGGACUGAAUGAGCAGUAGAAAAGAGCAGGUGGCGGCACGUCGUUACUCCCCGAGUGGACUGUACGCGGACAGCAGCGCUCCCUUCUCUACAUGCAGGCCAUCAAAUGCGUGGUGGUGGGCGACGGUGCAGUGGGUAAGACAUGUCUGCUCAUCAGCUACACCACAAACGCCUUCCCUGGAGAGUACAUCCCCACUGUCUUUGACAACUACUCAGCAAAUGUGAUGGUGGAUGGUAAACCAGUCAACCUGGGCCUCUGGGAUACAGCUGGGCAGGAGGACUAUGAUAGGCUCCGCCCCCUGUCCUACCCUCAGACGGAUGUGUUCCUUAUCUGCUUCUCUCUGGUGAGCCCUGCCUCCUUCGAGAACGUCCGAGCUAAGUGGUAUCCAGAGGUCCGUCACCACUGUCCUAACACCCCCAUCAUCCUGGUGGGCACCAAGCUGGAUCUGCGGGACGACAAGGACGCCAUAGAACGGCUGAGGGACAAAAAGCUCUCUCCUAUCACCUACCCUCAGGGCCUGGCCAUGGCCAGGGAGAUCGGUGCAGUCAAGUACCUUGAGUGCUCCGCUCUGACGCAGCGAGGGCUGAAGACGGUCUUUGAUGAGGCCAUCCGGGCCGUGCUCUGUCCCCCGCCUGUCAAAAAGGGAGGCAGGCAGUGCAUGGUUUUCUGAGGGGGAGGAGACGGGAGAUGAUGGCACCAUCACUAGGAGGGACUAAUCAUUGGUCCGUCACACACGCCACACGGGAACUGCUGUGAAACACAACUGCGAUCUGCUCUCUGUACAGACACAGGCAUUACCAUGGUGAAAAGCAGAUGGAGGAUAUGAUGGCAUAUUUAGCCUGUGUUUUGGGUUUAAAGAUAAAUUAUGUGUGAUGUUUGCCUUAAAACAAUGACAUAGACCUAUAAUGGACUGACUAUUAUAUAUUAGGACAAGGAUGGCUUUGGACUCACAAAAGUUAUAAAAAACAAGUAAACAGACCAAAGGUAUAUUUCCUUCUGCACAACAUUCCUUUACUGCUACAUUUGAGCCACAAACAAACAAACUUAAUUUUUUUCCCUUUAAGACGUUUCUCUUUGUACAUACACAUAAACUGCAAAUACUUGCAUCACAAACAGACAAAACAAAGAGUGAUGAACCUGAUUGUGUUACUUACAUUUCAGCUCAUUUCUUAUACCAAACUUAAGUAAUGACAAUGUCACAACCUGAACACUUUAUCACUUUUUGUUUCCUGUGGAUUUGUAGUGCAUUGCUCUUUGUGAUUCCAAAUGCAUAUACCCAUAACGAACCCAUAGAGAAAUGCACACACAUGCAUGUAUGCGCACGCACGCACGCACGCACGCACGCACGCACGCACGCACGCACGCACACACACACACACACACACACACACACACACACACACACAAAUGAUGUCCAAUUCAGUUUAAUUCAGUUGUAAGCACUGUGGCCAAGUGCUCAUUGUUGGGUUUCUCUGUAAUAUUGUGAGGUCUCGAUCUUACUGUGUGCCUUGAGAUGGUGUACAGUAUGUUGUUAUUUGGCGCUUUACAGAUAAAAUUGAAUUGAAUUUAGAAAACACCAUCAAUUGGACAAACUGAUAAAUAAAGAAUGAUUAAAUAAACCCAACACAAAUAGAUAAAUGUGUAUUGUGUAUUUGCAGUGCCUGUGUUGUAAAACUGAUGAAUAUUUUUGCCUGAUUUUACUUGUGUUUUGUCUGCUUGCAUGUGAUUUCUUAAGUUGCAGUGCAUUGAGCUUUCAGGGCCACCGUACUUUACAUAGUAAGGUCGAGACUUUACAAUAUUGUAAAGAUUAAAACGACCACAAUGAACAAACGCUUAGAGACAGGGGAGAGAAAACAGGAAGAAAAUUUAGGAUUUUGUUUUCAAUUGCUAAUAAGCAUCAGUCAAUACGGGAGCCACUUUUACAAUACCCUUGAUGCAGUCUGCAUCACCAAUGUGCAUCUUGGCCAAACCAUUAAUCUCACCUCCAAAACUCAUUCAAAUCAACACAUUUCGUACAUGUCUAAACAAAAGCUAGUCUGACCAGAACACUGACGACAAUUCUCACUCAGAAGACAAAUGCCGUCACUCACAACACAGUGACUUAAAACACUUACAACAGAUAGCACCACAUAAAAGAUGAACUUCUAUCUUUGAAGUUUCAAUGAUUUUUCGCACGAAUCAGAAAUUGCUUCAAUAUCCUUUAGUUUUCCUCAGAUUCCUCCCUCUCUCCUGCAUGCUGAGGCAGAUGUUCCAGUUCUGUUAGAGAGUAAAAGGUUUUUCUCCACGGUUGCUCAUUGUGGGAACUGUUGGGUUUCUCUGUAAUAUUGUCAGGUCGUCAUCUUCACUAUUGUAAAGUGCCUUGAGAUGAUGUAUUUGUGAUUUGGUGCUAUACAAAUAAAAAUGAAUUGAAUUGAAUUGCACUUGGCCACAAGUUCUCAUCAAAAUCACCGGUCUUUGUCGUCCUCUCCUUUGUCCUCCACACAUCCUCCCUCUCCCUGACGCUCUUCUUUCCCCACCAACCUUUCUUCCACGACCCAUGAUCCAACGGGACACUGUUUUGGUGGAUUUUCAGUGCUAUAUUAAUCCACUUUUGGCGCUUCAGUGUCACCAGCAGCAGGACAGUAUGUGUGGAACUGAGUCAAAGUAACAUUCAUGGUCCUUCAUCAGUGUGACUCAUUGAUGUGUUCUAAUAGUUAUGGCACAACAAUGAGCUCUAUGGCUCAGAGGAAUAUGAUCUAUCCGGCUUUAGACACACUACCUUUGGUGGGAUACAGUCACUGAUGCUUUGGGUCUUUCAUGGGAAGUGAAAGUCAUGAAAGUCAAUGUGAUGUCAUGAAAAAAAGUAGAUUGUUACCAGCUGCAUUCCUAAAAAGAUGUUUAUUCAUUUUCUUGCUUUAAUGAAACUAUAAUGUCAUGAAAACAUAGACAAAGCUUUCAUCCAAAUGUCCCCUAAACCAGUGUAUCAGCAUGAGAGGCACAUCCCAUAGCUGAAUAGCUUUCAUGGAGGCAAACGUCAUUCACCGUACAGCUGCUCCUCAUGACCUACUGUGCUUCGGGAUUAGCAUAGAGUUUUACAUGACACACAAGCAUAUGAAAGUUAUGAGCAUGAAGCCGCGGAGUCAAUACGGAUGUUGUUUAGUGUUUGUUGUUAAUGUACAGUAACGUGGACGUAGUGUAGGGAAGAAGACUAUUAUCCAAUCACACCUGAUGUGUUGAUUUUAUGCAGAAUAACUGUAAAAGUGUUGCUAAAAGUGUCCUCUUUGUGUGUGUGUGUGUGUGUGUGUGUGUGUGUGUGUGUGUGUUGCCAUAGUUAACACCAGUUAAUAUGAUUAUUUGUCAACAGUUAAUGUUGACACAAAUGUUGACAGAAAUUUCAUAGUAUAUAUAGUCUUUCUUUUUCCCAUCAAAAGUGCAUUUGUCAUUUUGCAACAUGAGGAGUGUGUUUUUUCCUCAACAUAUGAGAAUGAGAAGCCGUACACUGAAAAUGAUUUAAAAUGCACAAGGCUGUACAGAAGGAAGAAUGAAUCCGAUAAUCUGAGGUCACGUCAUUGGUCAUUGGUAGUGAUCCAUCUGUGCGCCGCCACCUGAUCUGUGAAAAAACACAAACUCAGAGGGUUGUACUCAUUCCUCCUUCUCAUCAUUAUAUUGUACACCAUGCUCAAUAAAAAUAGAAUAUCACCAUGUCUCAA